AUCCAUAACCCUAAAACCAAACCAAAUCCAAAUCGUCUUUCCUUCUCUCUGAUGCUUAAUUAAUGGCUUCUUACUUCUUCUGCUCUUCAUAAAACCUUAACUUAUGAUUUUGCAGUUUGGUUAAUUUAUAGGUGAAAAGAGUGAUGGAAAAUGGUAGAGAGAAUAGUAUUAGCAGCAGCGAUAGCGGUAAGAGUUGCCAUAGAGGUCACUGGAGACCAGCUGAGGAUGACAAACUCCGGCAACUUGUCGAUCAAUUUGGUCCUCAGAACUGGAAUUUCAUUGCAGAGCAUCUACAAGGAAGAUCAGGGAAAAGCUGCAGAUUAAGAUGGUACAACCAACUUGAUCCUAACAUCAACAAAAAGCCUUUUACAGAAGAAGAAGAGGAAAAGCUUCUCAAAGCUCAUCAGAUUCAAGGAAAUAGAUGGGCUUCUAUUGCUAGACUAUUUCCUGGAAGAACAGAUAACGCUGUGAAGAAUCAUUUCCAUGUUGUUAUGGCAAGAAGAAAGCGUCAAAGCUUGUCUUUAGUUUAUGGUAAGAGAAGUCUUCAAUUUCGUUCAACUGAGUCUACCAAGAAUAGUAAUUUUGAGAAGUUCUUUAACCCUCAAAUUCCUGGCAAUGAUUUUCACUCUAAAUUAGGGUUUCAAAGCAAAAGUAACAGUAAAUUACUUAUUCCCUCAACUUCAUCACCAUCUUGGACUAUUAGUGCUUCAACUAUCACAAAUGACUCAGUUAUGAGUUUCGAUUUCUUCGAUGGAAAAAGAAUGGAUUAUAAAAAUUCAUCAAGUUCUUCUUAUACUCAAGAAGGUUCAAAUGGCUUUAACGAAUCCAUCAAUUGUCACCACCAAAGAAGAUUUGGAUCUUAUGAGAUCUCUAAUUCUAAAACGGUUCUUGUCCCUAGUAAUAUUCCUUUAUCAUUACUAAGUUAUGGAAGCAAAAUCAAACCCCAGUUAGUGAGUGACUCAGAUACAUUGCGAAAAUCGCCAAUGACCUCUGAACAAGAAGAGCAAAGAGAUGAAUCAAUCAAGCGAAAAGAUGUUCCCUUUAUAGAUUUUCUUGGAGUGGGAAUCUCUUAAAUUAUGGAAAAUGCUUCAUUAAUUAGUUCAGCUUCAAUAUGUUUAUCUAUGUAUUACAAUAUAUAUAUAAAUAUAUAUAAAGAGAGAGAGAGAGAGAGAGAGAGAGAGUCUCCAGGUUUCAUCUUCUUAUUUUGCUUUUAGAUAUAUACAUUUUGUUUCACCAUAUCAUUUAGAAGUUUGGUUAUUGGCCUUCUUUUACUUCCUUCUAGAUAUUGUAAUUUGAACUCAAACCCUAAUUAAAAGAGGUGAUUUGAUUA